CGGGGACUAAGAGUGGCAAAAACUCUUUCCAAUUUGUUAUUAAGAAUGUCAAUUUAAGGUUAGAAAACUUUGGGGGGAGCUGGGAUUAUUUAGGACUAUCUGGUACAACUGUGGAAGAUGAGAAUGACGAAAUGCGAUGCUGUGACCUUUCUCUUGUGCACAAAAGACGCAAAUAUGUCUCCACAGCUCUUAUCAGAGAACUCAUAAAAUGCCAGCUUCUUCGUUUUUCUUCCCGUUCUGAAUCUCAAAAUUCAAAUUCUGGCACGAGCUCACACACUGCACCUUCAAUUCUAUCAUCUCGUGCAUCACUCCUAUUAUCCGACUUCAAUCCGAGAAAGACUCAGUUCUCGAAGUACUUGAACAACGUUACGCAAAAUGACCCAUUUGAAUUCUCUUCCAUUGUUUCGUCUAACAGGAAAAUCACGAGUUAUAUUCGAUCCGGGGAUUUAUUUUCCGCCCUUAGAGUCUUCGAGAGUAUGACUGUUAGGACUACAAUAACAUGGAAUUCAAUCUUGGCCGGCUUCUCAAAGACACCGGGGAUGUUUCAGGAGGCCCGUCAGAUGUUUGAUAAAAUUCCUGACCCAGAUGUCGUGUCCUACAACACAAUGUUAGCUUGUUAUUUAAGUAAUUCCUUCACUGGAGCUGCAAAGAGUUUCUUCGAAAAGAUGCCCGUAAAAGAUGUCACUUCUUGGAAUACCAUGAUUUCAGGGUUUUCCCAAAAUGGGAUGAUGAGUGAAGCUCAUAAACUGUUUGUUGCAAUGCCCAUGAAAAAUGAGGUGACUUGGAAUGCUAUGAUAUCAGGAUAUGUUGUGUCAGGGGAUCAGGAAUCAGCAUUGGGAAUGUUUAGCGAAGCACCUGAAAAGGGUGUGAUUGCCAAGACUGCCAUUAUUACAGGGUAUAUGAGACGUGGGAACAUUGAGUUGGCAGAAAAGAUAUUUGAAGAUAUGGCAGAAAAGAGUGUGGUCACUUGGAAUGCUUUUAUUGCGGGUUAUGUUGAGAAUAAUAGAGCUGAAGAUGGUCUUAAGUUGUUUCAGAAAAUGGUGAAGCUGAGGAUUAAGAUAAACCCGUCAACUCUAAGUAGUGUACUAUUAGGUUGUAGUAACUUAUCCUCAUUCAGGUUUGGAAUGCAAGUUCAUCAGCGUCUUUGUAAGCUACCCAUAUGUUUUGAUAUGACAGUGGCAACUUCACUAGUUAGCAUGUACUGCAAGUGUGGAAUCUUGGAGGAUGCAUGGAAGGUGUUCAUUGAUAUGCCAAGGAGGGAUGUUGUCAGCUGGAAUGCAAUGGUUUCAGGUUAUGCUCACCAUGGGAAGGGACACGAGGCUCUUCAUUUGUUCAAUGAGAUGAGAAACAAAGGAAUUCAACCAGAUUGGAUAAGUUUUGUUGGGGUUUUGUCAGCUUGUAACCAUGCAGGGUUGGUUGACCUUGGGAUUCAUUAUUUUGGUAUAAUGCAGAAAGAAUAUGGGAUCAAACCUAAACCAGAUCAUAUUACUUGUAUGGCUGACCUUCUUGGCAGAUCUGGCAGGCUAUACGAAGCCGUUGAUUUGAUAAAAACAAAUAUAGACGACAUCAAACCCCACCCUGCGUUCUUUGGAACCCUUCUGGGUGCUUGUAGGACCCACAAAAACGUACAAGUUGCCGAGUUUGCCGCAAAAGGUUUGCAAGAUCUUGACCCUAGAAAUGCAGUUGGGUAUGUUCAACUCGCUAAUGUUUAUGCAUCAAAAAACAAAUGGGAAGGGGUUUCCAGAGUUAGGAAGAUUAUGAAGGAUAACCAAGUGAUAAAGACACCAGGAUGUAGUUGGAUGGAGGUCAAGGGUGGAAGGGUCCAUGAAUUCAGAUCAGGAGAUAGGCUUCACCCGGAGUUACAAGCCAUACACACAAAACUAAACGAGCUGGAGAUGAAGAUGAGAUUGGCAGGAUAUGUGCCUGAUCUUGAGUCAUCCCUGCACGAUGUGGGGGAGGAACAGAAGGAGAAGAUGCUUCUUUGGCACAGUGAGAAGCUGGCUAUUGCUUUUGGCUUACUGAGAAUACCUCCAGGGAUACCAAUUAGGAUUUUCAAGAAUCUUAGGGUUUGUAGGGAUUGCCAUAAAGCAACAAAGUUUAUUUCUGCAGUUGAAGGUAGAGAGAUCAUUGUCAGAGAUACGACAAGGUUUCACCAUUUCAAGAAUGGAUCUUGUUCGUGCAAUGAUUACUGGUAAAUCAAACAUAGUUUUUUUUAUUCUCAUUGUUUGCUUACCUUCUUGGUUACGUCAUUGAAGGAAGAAAUGCUUAUGCCUUUGCUGGAAUUUGACUAGAAUAUGUUAUUUGCGCUUCCCUCUGCUGGUGGGGAAUACAUGUGUAGUUUUGUCUAGAAUUUGUCUAUUUAAUUUGAGGUUUAGAUUGGGUUUGUAUUAGAAAAUAGAAACUUGUUUCUUUGUAUCAUACUUGAAGCUUUCAUCCAUCUACGCCUCUCAAUUUCAUCAAUUCCUCUACCGAGAAUUAA